UUUACUAAAUUAUACUUAAAUUAUAUAUAUAAGGAGAAGAAAAAAAAAAUAGAAAGGUCUUCAAUUCAUAUCGAUUUGAUUAAUUUCCAAGCAAAGGAACUCAUUGAUUUACGAAGGAAACUCUUCUGAUAAGAAUAUUUCGACUCUCCCACCAGAAAAAAAAAAGUUCCAUCUUUUAGAUAAGCAAAAUGAGUGAUCAUCUUGUUGUAUGCGUGGACCGCCUUACGAAACCCGAAAGUUUGAAAUCAGUGAAUGAACCAGAGGUUGCGGGACCUUCGGGUGAAGGUUCUUCUGUAGUUGCUGAGCCACAUGUUUGUGCUAUUGAUGUUGAGGAAGUGGAGGAACACGGUUCGUGUGACGAAGAAGAACCACUCAUCCAGACGGUUGAAUGCCGUAUCUGCCAGGACGAGGACAACAUUAACAAUUUGGAGACACCUUGUUCUUGCAGUGGCAGUUUGAAGUUUGCUCACAGGAAAUGUGUUCAACGUUGGUGCAACGAGAAAGGAGACAUAACGUGUGAGAUAUGUCAUCAGCCUUAUCAACCAGGAUAUACUGUGCCACCACCUCCCCCUCAGCCAGAGGUUGCUACAAUUGAUAUCAGUGAGUGGACGGUCGCUGGUGCCCCCUUGGGUUUACACGACCAACGGAUUUUAGCUGUGGCAGCAGAACACCGUAUUUUGGAGCAAGGCUAUGAUGAAUAUGCUGAGCCCGAUUCUAGUGGAACUGAAUUUUUCCGUGCUGCUGCCUUAACUCUAAUGGCUCUUCUAUUCUUGAGGCAUGCUUUGUAUCUAACGAGUGGAGAAGAGGACGAUGAUUUAUCUCGUUUUAUCUCUCUUUUCCUGCUCCGAGCUGCCGGUUUUCUUCUCCCCUGUUACAUCGUGGCCUGGGCUAUCAGCAUAUUGCAGCGCCGUAGGCAGCGACAGGAAGCUGCAGCUAUCGCAGCGGCUGAUGUUGCAGUAAUGAUACAGGCAACACGACCUCGGUCCAUACAUUACAGUAUAGCAGCGGGACCUUCAGUGACUCACCAACAAGAGCAACCUCAGUCCAUACAUUACAGCGUAGCUCCGGGACCUUCCACGGCUCCUCAACCAGAGCAACCUCUGACCAUACAUUACAGUAUAGCAGCACCGGGACCUUCGGCAAUUCCUCAACAGGAACAACCUCAGGCCAUGCAUUACAGUGUAGCAGCAUCAGGACCUUCCGUGACUCCUCAACAGGACCAACCUCUUACCAUACAUUACAGUAUAACAGCACCGGGACCUUCCGCGACUACUCAACAGGAGCCAGCAGUUCAAUAGUGUGACGGUAGUUUUCACUGGCAAGAGACUUCAAUGGUGACAAAGACUAUGUUUUCCAGACUCCGGAUAAUACUUGUCUAACCGUAUUCAAUUUUCUUGUAAAAGUUUUUUUCAUAUAUAUGAAGGAUCAUAUCUCUAUAUAAUGGCCGUAUACCUAUCGGAUAUAGGUGUUGAACGGAGGUAUUUUAGGGAGAAAAAAAAUGGGAUAAUGCAGAAAGAGGAUAGUAGGUUGUGUUCCUUGUUAUGUUGUACUUUUUAAAAUUCUUAGCCAAAAGAACCCUCAAAAACAUCACAGUUUCCAAAUUUCACAGCUAGUGAUUGUGCAUAAA